AUGGAUAUGAUGUCGGUAGCGCUUGGAUCCGGACCUUCUUUCAGCACCAACCUGCCUUCCGCAGCGUCCGGUUCUGACCUUCACUCCACUCACUCUGCGAUUAGCUCAACUGGCGUGCCAUGGGCAACAACUUCCACUUCCUCCCUCACCUCCCUCAAUGACUACACCAACUACCCUUUGAUCCGUCAGGGCGACCGUACCUACCUCCGAGACCCCGAAAACCACUACCCUCUGCCAUGCGACCUCCCCGAGAUCCAUCGCCAAACGCUGCGCUCGCUCAUGCUGAUGCGCGUUUUCGGCGGCCCGUUUUGCAACCCAUACAUCCCUGACCGAGCGCCCAAGCGAGUCUUGGAGAUAGCGUGCGGCUCCGGUCUAUGGUCGAGCAUGUGCCAUGACUAUUUCGCUCGUCGCGGGCAUCGCGACGUUGCCUUUUAUGGCAUUGACAUUGUGGCCGUCGCGCCAGACCUCCGCAAGAACGGUGUGAACUGGCAGUUCAAACGGCACGACCUUCGCAAACCCCGUUUGCCAUUCCCCGACGAUUAUUUCGAUUUCGUUUUCAUAAAGGACGCCGCCAUGUGCCCUCUCAGCCCGGCUCAGCAAGCGCAGGGACUGAGCGAGCCGCUGAGGGUACUCAGAUCUGGCGGGAUCCUGGAGCUGUGGGAUUCCGACUCCGUAUUCCGCUCUUUACUUCCCAACCCUGCGCCCGCGCGCAAGUUAGCGUCAAAGGAACAGGAAACGGCGGAUGCCACUGCGACUUACACAUUCUCGUCUGCGACCCCCUUCACGAAUGCGCAGAACAAGUUCCUGCAAAACUACAACUCUUGGACAGAGAAGGCAUUUGACAGUCGCAAACUCACCCCGUUACCGUGUGCAACACUCGGCCUCGCGUUCAACUCCGAGGUCGACGUAUUAGGAAAUGUCGAGAGCCGCCGAAUCGCAAUUCCCCUGGGCGAACCGCGCUGGGAGCGAGAUGGCGGGAAAGAUGGCCGCGGCCCUCGCAAACAAUUGACACCGGAGCAAUUGUCCAUCCGACGCACGGCUCUCUUGACCGUCAUUCAGAUGAUCGAAGGCAUGGAGCCCAUGCUCAUGGAAGCGAGUGGCAAGAGCAGAGACGAGUGGGACAGGUGGUGGACCGCUAUGAUAAGCGAUUUGUUCCAGAAAGGAGGCCUCGCCAACGGAGAGUGCUUGGAAGUAAGCGCUUGGUGGGGCCAAAAGAAAUAA